AUGGAAGGAUUUGAGCCUAAGGUUCAGAGUGACCGGGAGAAUGGGAACUUCUCGGCUGGUUGCACCAGAAAGAAGGCAUUGAGGUGUGGUGAUGGAGAUGGAUUUCUGAGAGUUGAAGGCAUGAAAUUGCCAGACCAUGUUGUGUUUCUUAGGAACAGAAACAUCGGAGACUGCGGAACUGCAUGCCUAACCAAUUGUUCCUGUACGGCUUAUGCUUAUUCUGACGUGACAAUGGGAAACGAAACGAUCUCAGGGUGCUUGAUUUGGGUGGGAGAGUUGAUAGAUACUGAGAUGACAGCAACAUCAGGCAGCAAGACGAAGACUAGGAGGAUAGUAAUUAUAGCAUCUCUUUCUGCGAUUAUCGUUUGUUUGGCUUGCAUCUUUAUCUUAUGGAAGUUCAGUGAGGUAUUUGGUGUAUUCAAGGAUCAAAAGAAAGGAAAACUACUAUGUGAUCUGAGCUCAAGUACAGACUUUGCAAACAACAUCUCUGGCUCGAACGAAUUCAUUGAAGGGCAGCCUCAUCAAGGUCCAGAACUUCCGCUAAUUGGUUUUGAGAACAUACUCUGUGCCACAAACAAUUUCUCCGAGUCAAAUAAGCUGGGAAAAGGAGGUUUUGGCAUAGUUUACAAGGGAAACCUACCGGGAGGAAAAGAGAUUGCUGUUAAAAGACUCUUGAGAGGAUCUAGGCAAGGUUUGUCGGAGUUCAAAAAUGAGGUCAUUUUGAUUGCCAAGUUACAGCACAGGAAUUUAGUCAAGCUUCUUGCUUACUGUAUCCAUGGGGAAGAGAAACUACUGGUCUACGAGUACAUGCCCAACAAAAGCUUGGAUUUCCUCCUCUUUGAUCCAACCCAGAAAACAGAGCUUGACUGGGGGAAGCGAUUCAACAUAAUCAAGGGGAUCGCUCGAGCGCUUCUCUAUCUUCACCAGGAUUCGAGGCUACGGAUAAUUCACCGGGAUCUUAAAGCCAGCAACGUUCUGCUCGACGAAGAGAUGAACCCCAAGGUGUCUGAUUUCGGCCUGGCAAAGAUUUUUGGCGUCAACCAGGACGAAGCCAACACCGACAGAGUCGUCGGAACAUAUGGCUACAUGUCUCCCGAGUACGCAAUGGAAGGGCUCUUCUCCGUGAAGUCGGAUGUCUACAGCUACGGCGUGCUGCUGUUGGAGAUCGUGAGCGGCUUCCGGAACAGCAGCUUUCCCCUCGCCAUGGACUCCCCUAAUCUCCUGGCUUACGCAUGGCAACUGUGGAACGAAGGCAACGCAGAGGAUUACGUCGACCCAUCGAUUGCCGGCUCAUGCGCUCGGGCGGAGGUGGUGCGAAGCAUCCAUGUCGGCCUGCUGUGCGUGCAAGACAGCCCCAGUGAUCGGCCAGCCAUGUCUUCAGUUGUUUUCAUGCUGGAAAACGAAGAAGCCACAAUCUCUGCUGCACCCAAACAGCCAACGUUUACGGUCCGAAGAAACCAGAAUCCGCACAGAGGAGGUGAUUCACGGGAUGACAAUAUUGAGAUGUGUUCUUACAACAACGUGACCAUCACAACGACGGAAGGACGCUAGAGACGGAUCUCAAAUGUGAUCUCGAGAUGUACAUGGCAGGACAUGGAACAUCAAGAUUCGACUUGUUGGUUGCAUGUUAAAGAUUUUUAUGUCUACAAAGGAUUUGUCGAUAGUUGAAAUAUUUUUUGUUCA